AGGAGGUGUGGAGGGGGAGCGAUGCCCGCCUCCCAGCUGCCUGCUUGAGAGCGCCGCCUCCACUGGCGGUCGCUGUUGUGCGGGUUGCUCGGUGCUUCAUGCUCACCACCUCCCUGAACGGGGCUUGUUCUGCCUCUCUGAACUGACCGAGGAGGAAAAUCAUGGCGGUGCCGAACUGACGCCCCGCCAACGCGGAGCCAGGACGCGCUCACUCUCGUCCCCCCUACUCUGCCGCAGUUUCCUUCCCCUGCAUCCCUCAACUGCUCCCCGUCCCCCCCGGCACUCUCUCAGCCUUCCUCCCUUUGGCGGCAGCGGUGGUUUUCCUUCUAUCCCUUCCUCCCUGGGCUUUUCUCCUUAGCCGCCAACGUCGGAUUUAUGCUUCUCGCCAGUUCUUCGACAUGCAGCCUCCUCCGAGAAAGGUGAAAGUUACUCAAGAACUGAAAAACAUCCAUGCUGAGCAAAUGACUAAACUUCAGGCAAAGCAUCAAGGAGAAUGUGAUUUAUUGGAAGAUUUAAGGACUUUCAGUCAGAAAAGAAUUGCAAUUGAGAAAGACUAUGCUCAGGCUCUGCAGAAACUGACCACCCAGUACCUCAAGAAGGAUUGGAUUGGAUUAAAGAUUGAUGAAAGAAGUGAACAGAACAGGAGCAUUCUUGCAGUAUGGAAGUCUUAUCUAGAAGGAACCUUACAUUUGGCCCAGUCUCGAAUCAUAGCAUCUGAAAACUAUAGGAAUCACAUCUUGGAACCUGCUAAAAUUGUAAAAAGUAUUAAAGAACAGCAGCUGAAAAAGUCCAUUGAUCAGCUGACAAAAAUUCAGGCUGAAUUCCAGGAGACUGUGAAGGAUCUGGCGAAGUCUAAAAAGAAGUAUUUUGAGUUGGAACAGAUGGCUCAUGCAGCGCGAGAGAAAGCAGAUUUAGAGGCCAAGUCCAAGCUUAGUCUAUUUCAUUCAAGAAUAAGUUUACAGAAAGCAAGUGUGAAGUUGAAAGCAAGACGCAGUGAAUGCAACAUAAAAGCUAACCAUGCUCGAAAUGACUACCUUCUUACACUGGCAGCUGCAAAUGCACAUCAAGAUCGUUAUUAUCAAAUAGAUCUGGUAAACAUGAUGACGGCUCUGGAUGGGAAUUUCUAUGAACAUCUUAAAGAAUACCUGAUGGUAUUCAACAGAACAGAACUUGAGGCCUGUCAGUCUGUACAGAACACAUUCCAGUUAUUAGUAGAAGCUUCCAGUAAGGGAUUACAAGAUUACAGUCUGCAGCUUUUUCUCCAAGAAAACCCAGUUUUCCAAAAGCCACAGUCAUUCCAGUUCCAGCCAAGUGAUAAUGAUACGAGUUUUAACACCGUGCAGCUUGUGGAUAUUGACCUCUCACCCAUCAGCACUCUGAGAAUGACUUUAACAGAGAGUCGGCAGUUGGAGAAUGAAUCUGGAACCACUGAGGAGCACAGCCUGAACAAAGAGGCUCGUAAAUGGGCAACACGUGUUGCACGGGAACAUAAAACAAUAAUCCAUGCACAGCGGACUCUGGAAGAUCUAAGAGCUCAAGGAACUGUGGUCUCAGAACAAGGACGAAUGGAAUUAGAACAAAAAAUAGAAGAGGCUAGAGAAACAAUACGGAAGGCUGAGACAGUUAAGCUAAAAGCAGAAGCACGACUGGAGUUAUUAAGACAGAUUGGGGUUGCUGUAGACACAUGGUUGAAAAGUGCUAUGAAUCAAGUAAUGGAGGAAUUAGAAAAUGAGCGCUGGGCAAGCCUCCCUGCCCUCCCUAACAGUGAUACUGUGCAUUUGGGAACUCUGGAUCUUGAAAAGGAUGAUGGAGAAGAACUUGAGGACAAUAUGGACGUAUUUGAUGAUAGCAGUUCAAGUCCAUCUGGCACAUUGCGAAUGUAUCCUCUUACCUGCACAGUGCUCUAUUCAUAUAAGGCUAACCAGCCAGAUGAGCUUACCAUUGAAGAGCAUGAACUCUUGGAAGUAAUUGAAGAUGGAGAUAUGGAAGACUGGGUGAAGGCAAGGAAUAAGUCAGCACAAGUAGGAUAUGUACCAGAAAAGUACCUGCGGUUUCCCAAUUCCAAUAGUUUAAUCGGCAUGCUCCAAACUCUGGGUUCCUUGGAUGCACGAUCACAUUCUUCCAGCAACUCUACAGAACCUGAGCUGGUUACUGGUGGCAUUAACGGAGAUUUUAGUGUUUGUUUUGUGAAGGCACUUUACGAUUAUGAGGGGCAGACUGCAGAUGAACUUUCAUUUCCUGAGGGAGCUAUCAUUAGGAUUCUAAACAAAGAAAAUCAAGAGGAUGAUGGCUUCUGGGAAGGUGAACUUAAUGGCCGUGUUGGUGUCUUUCCUUCUGUCUUGGUAGAAGAAUUGGCGGGAUCUGAGAAUGGUGACCCUCAAUGGAUUGGUGAUGCACAGGUAUCACCAUCCUCAAGACCACAGGCCGCUCUUUCAUCAUUACCAGUGUAUGAUCAACCACCCUCCAGCCCUUUCAGCAGCCCUGACAAAGCAGGUUCACAGUUUUUCCCUCGAUCACCAUCAGUAACAGAUCAUGAAAACUUAAUUUCAGAAGCAUCCAUUAAUUCGCAGCAGCAGAAAAGAACACCAGAAACUUCAGUUGGAAAAAUCAGACCAGUACGAGCUGCGCCACCUCCACCUACUCAGCAUCAUCGUCGAAAAACAGAAAAGACAGAGGAAGUAGAAAUAACUCUAGUGUAACCAAUAGCAGACUUUUGUGUGUUCAAAUUUGGGACUGAAUUAUUCAGAACAUUUUGGUUUCAAAUUCCUUGCAUUCUCUGCUGUACUUAUACAAUGAAAUUCAAGGAGCAGAAGGCGGCAAAUUCUAAAAGGAAUUUAUGAAGUGUGGAUCAUGAGGAAAAUCAAUGUUAUUUCUUUCAUUUACAAAUAUCUUGUGCCUUUAUAGCCACUGCUUUGUUUAUUUCUUCAAAUUGGGCCAUUAGUAUUUUAUUUUGUCCUUGCUAGUAUAGUAAAAGGAAUACAGGUUGGCCGAUUCAAUUUUCAACGGUCCAGUCUUGUUUUGGUACACUAUUUAAAAAUAUAUAUAAAGCACACUGCGUCAUCUGUUCCCAGUGCAGCAGAGUCUGGUACUUCUGUAAUUAUAUGCCUAUGGUGCUGUGCAGGGCACAGUUUUGUAUCAGAAAAAUAUUUUUCUGGUACUGUCCAUGUACAAGGCUAUCGUUUUCUUUGCCAUGGCCACAUAUAGGAACGAUUAUACUAUCAGUUCAUUGCUUAACAUUGUUUUCACACUGAAAGAUCAAAAUGGAAGUGAUUUUUUUAAAGGCACAGGAAAUGUUCAUAUCAUUUAUUGUGUACAUUAAUUAGCACAUUGAUGUAGCCACAAAGAUCUAUUUGUAAAAAGAAUCUCCCUUUAGUAUUAAUCCAGUCUGUAUACAUGUAUUCAGCUGUAAUGUGCAGUAGCAUGAUUGGACUAGAAUUGAGGGAAUAGACUUGAGUAAGGACUGAUGUUCUUUUAAGAGGGGCUGGUUCCUCUCGGUAGUUCUAGUGCAAAGAAAGAUAAUCAAACAAAUAAGGGAAUAAAUACAAAGAAAUGCCUCUAUGUUAACUCGAGUCUUAGUUUUCCAUAAUUGUUUAUGACUAAUAUUUAU